AUGUCUACUGAAACUGCUUUGUCCUACGCUGCCUUGAUCUUGGCCGACUCUGAAGUCGAAAUCUCCACCGAGAAGUUGUUGGCUUUGACCGACGCCGCCAACAUCCAGAUCGAGGGUAUCUGGGCUGACAUCUUCGCCAAGGCUUUGGAUAGCCAGGACUUGAAGAGCCUGUUGGUUAACUUCUCUGCUGGUGCCGCUGCUGCCCCAACUGGUGGUGCCGCUGCUGGUGCCGCCGCUGGUGGUGACGACGCCGCUGCCGAGGAGAAGGAGGAAGAGGCCAAGGAGGAAUCCGACGACGACAUGGGUUUCGGUCUGUUCGACUAA